AUGUUGGUGGGCUGGCUCCUUCAGAACAUGCACAGAUGGAGCUGGCUGCGAAACAGCGGGCACACUCACAUCUGGCCCUUCCGAAGCUGUAUUCAUCACGAGGGACUGGACUGGACUUCGUGGAAGGAGAAGAUGGAAUGGGAUAAUGAGUGGAGCUUAAGUGGCUCUGCCUUCUUCCUCCGAGUCACUUUCCUUGAUCUCGACAUGAAUGCUUUGGCUUGGCUCUUGAAGUUGGAACAGGGGCUCGAACCCCAGACAUUCGACUCCUGGCCAAGCAGAUUCUUGUUGGGACUCGAUGUUGUGCAGGACGAUGCCACCCGUUAG